GGUCCUUCGGAAUUCCCUGCCUCUUGAUACCAAGCCUUCCCUGAAUUCCUACUUAAUAAUUUUAUUAAUUUUACCCCGCCCAUCUGACUGGGUUUCCCUGAUACUCAGGAAUGGCGCUGUGGCUUUUACCCUGCUUUAGCAUUCUUCUUGUAUGUUUUAAUGUAUUGUAUUUUCCCCCCGAUUUUUUUUAACGACUAAGCGGUAUAUAAAUUUUAUGAAACAAACAAACAAAUGAUUGGUUGGCUAGGAUUGCUCCGCAAGGCUAUUCCUUCAUGAGGUUGGCUGUUAAAAGCAAAGAGGAUGGGGAAUUGGAUUGGCGUUAAUGCCAUAAAGCCCACCUUGAUAGAGGGUUUGGUGGUGAGUGGGAAGAGUUAGCCGUCUCCCCUCAUGUUAUGAGUGAGUGGAUCUAGGAGUACCUGAUUGUCUAAUAAAAUAACGUUCUACAAUAUAAAAGCUGUUAAAAAAGAAGCAUACAGGCUUCCCAUUAAUUAUUUGGUUGGCUAGUCACCCUGAGACUGAAAUCAUAUGCAUGUUCUCUUGGGAAUAAGCUUGCUGAGUUUGCUGGGAUUUACUUAGUGAGCAUUUCCCCACAAACUUUACAAAUAUAUGGAGAGGAAAGUUGGACUGAAAAUCUAAAUGACUACUGCGCCUGAAAAUUAGCACUGAGGUACAUCUCAGUUGACUUGGAUGAACAUCUGACCAAUAAAUGUUUCACUGAUGCACCUGGAGAGAGAAAGAGUGGUCUAAGCUAUGUUGAUGCUACACAUCUUUAGCUUCUGUAGAAAAUGGCCUGCAACCUACACAUGACCAUAACAGCUGAGUAUUUUCUAUGAGGCUUCUAAUCAUGCUGAACCACUCAUAGAAAUACGGUGGCCUAGUCAUUGUCUUAUCUAGCAGCUCAAAAGGAAAAGAAGCAAAGGGAAAACUUCAGAAUAUUGAUGGAAACAAAUUCUGGAUAGUGGACAGAGAGGAAUAGAACUAGAAUAGAAAUAGGAGGAUGGAAUCAGACAAGUACUUGAGGAGAUGAAAGCAUUAUAUGAACAUAACCAAACUGAUGUAAAUGAAGCUAAAUCAGGACACAGUGAGCUGAUUCCAACAAUCAAGUUUCGCCAUUGCUCUCUGCUGAGAAAUCGCCGAUGUAUUGUUGCAUACCUGUAUGACCGCUUACUUCGCAUCCGGGCACUUAGGUGGGAAUAUGGUAGCGUGCUGCCAAACGCUGUCCGAUUUCACAUGUCAACUGAUGAAGUGUUGUGGUUCAACCAGUAUAAAAAGUCUUUGGCUACCUAUAUGAGAUCUUUAGGAGGAGGAGAUGGGCUGGACCUCACACAGGACAUUCAACCUCCCAAAAGUUUGUAUAUUGAAGUUCGGUGUUUGAAAGAUUAUGGAGAAUUUGAGAUUGAUGAUGGCACAACAAUUCUGUUGAAGAAGAACAGCCAGCAUUUUUUACCCCGCUGGAAAUGCGAGCAGUUAAUCAGACAAGGAAUUUUGGAACACGUCCUUUCUUAAGUUGCUGUUUGCAAGACUGAUUUAAGUACCUAUAAACAUUUUAGCAGAUUUUAAAUUGGGUAAGUAUAAAAACAUGCCAGUGUGUCUUCUGUUUUUGAAAAAGAAAAGGCAAAGAGACUUACUGUUGUGGGAACUGCAUGGAUACUUAGUGAAGAGGACAAAGAAGAAGAUAUGAUCAACAAUUUUAAAAUAUCACUAUCCCAAAACAAGUGGAAUUUCUUUUAAGUUCAUAGCUUCAAGUAGCCUUCACUUGCCUUGACUUCUGGACACAUUUUUAAGUACCGUCUUUUUAUUCACUGCCCUUUUUGUAUGACCCAGACAUCGUCUUACUGUAAAUGUCAUGCUUAGAAGAAAGCCACAGCAUUUGUACUAUUAAGUGUGUGCAUUGUUAAAAGACCUCUGAAAUGAUGUAACGAUAAAGUUACUUAAGGAGUGAUACAGGUUCAAUUGCAGGUUAAUUGCUAACACGUGUGUUUUUUCUCUAAGCUUUUAUGCUAUAGUUCUCAUUGAGCAGGGCCUUCCAACUCAUAGAACAUAGGUGGGCUAAGUUUUAUUUGGCCUGAGGCCUUGGCCAGCAUUCAAGUGGCUGCAGGCCAGCAGUGGGCAUGACCAUUCCAUAUGCACACAGAUGCCCACAAUUUGUGCAAAUUGGCUGCAUGGGGAGACUUGUCAUACCCUCUCCACUCAUCACAACAUCUAUCUGAUGACUGGGAAGGAGAUGAUUUGCACCCCACUCUAGCCACCACCCACCUCAAUUCUGUGUCUAUUAUAAAUAAAUAAAUGGCUCCAUUGUCAAACUGUUUCUUGUAAGAUGUUCAAUAGAAAUGUUUGCCACUUAGCUCUAGUCCUGUCCGCUGGAGCAGCAGAGAACAAAUCUUCUGUAUAUCAGCCUUCAUCCUUUUUCUUCUCUAGUUAAACAUACCCAACUGUUGUCACCUUCUCACCAAGCUGCUUGGCAAUAGUCAUGUAGCCCAGUCCAGCCUUGUGCAGGUCUACAAUCUUGUCCCUGACAUCCUUGGACAGCUCUUUGGUCUUGGUCAUGGUGGCUACUUUGGAAUCUGCUGGAUUGAUUGCUGUCUUUUGUACAGGUACUGUAAGGAGCUGGGAUUGCAGGUAAGACCUCUCCCUUACAGCAGGUGCUUCUAAUCUCAGCUCAUUACAUGCAGUGAAGAUACCAGGUAGCCUGACAUCUGGCUGGUUGAUAGGGGAUCAAAUACUUCACUCAUUAUAAUGCACAUCAAUCUCUGACUUUUGUCUUCUGGGUUUCUGGGGUUUUUUCUGUUGUCAUGC